AUGGCGUAUAAUCGAUUCCUGGCCUUAGAACGUCGACUGGCAAAAUCGCUCCAGACAAAGAAUCAAUAUGUACAAUUUAUGGAGGAAUAUGAGAACUUGGGGCACAUGACGCGAGUGGAUAUUGAUUCCAUCAGCAAACCUAGGUACUUCAUUCCUCACCAUUGCAUUGUGAGACCCGAAAGCCGCACUACAAAAUUACGUGUGGUAUUCGACGCAUCAGCAAAAUCGUCCACUGGCAUGUCUUUGAACGACCUCAUGUAUACCGGACCCACUGUUCAGAGCGAGCUUUUCACCAUUUUACUUCGCUUCCGUUUGCCCAGGUUCGUCUUCACCACAGAUGUAGAAAAAAUGUAUCGACAGAUGCUCAUUCAACCGGACGAACGCAAAUUCCAACUUAUCAUCUGGCGAGAGGAUUCAAGCCUACCAAUAAAGCAUUAUCAGCUAAAUACAAUCACACAUGGGACAAGAUCUGCUCCAUAUUUAGCACCUAAAUGUUUGCAGAAAAUUGCAAAAGAAAAUGCAUUACAAUAUCCUCUUGGUGCUCAGUUUCUACAGGACAAUUUUUAUGUAGAUGACGGAAUUGGUGGGUCAGACAGCUUAACCACGACGAUGGAAAUCCAACAGCAACUGAUACACACCUUAAAACAACGUGGUCUUAACCUAAGAAAAUGGUGCGCCAAUCACUCACAAUUACUGCAAAAUGUUAGCAUGGAGGAACAAGAAGUUGACAUAGACUUUGACAAUGACAUCAAUCAAAGUAUUAAAACGUUGGGGUUAACAUGGAUGCCUAAGAUGGAUCGAUUCUGCGUAAAGGUACGCCUAGGAAGCUGCAGUCUUGCAACUAAACGCUCAGUCAGCGCCGAUCUUGCAAGGCUCUUCGAUCCGUUGGGGAUACUAGCACCAAUUGUAGUCAUGGCAAAAAUGUUUAUUCAAGAUCUCUGGCAACUGAAGCUGACAUGGGAUGAAGCAUUACCAGCCGAUUUGAAUGAGAGAUGGACAACAUUUCGAAAUGAUUUGCAAAAAUUGGACAACAUGCAAGUUUCACGGCACGUGUUUGAAGGAUACAUCCCAGCAAAAAUUCAAAUUCAUGUCUUCUCCGACGCAUCAGAAAAGGCAUAUGGUGCUGCGAUUUACAUUAGAUCCGAGCUGGAUGAGGGACGAGUACAAGUGAGGCUGCUCUGUGCAAAAUCUCGUGUGGCACCCUUGAAACUGCAAACUAUUCCUCGGCUUGAGCUCUGUACAUCAGUACUGGGUACUCAACUUACUACAAGGGUCAAAUCAGACCUUAAGCUAGACGAUGUGGCUACAUACUUUUGGACUGAUUCACAAAUCGUGUUGGCAUGA